CUCCACAAUAAACCACAGAAGAAGACUGGUCUCCAGGAUACAGAGGAAGGAAGCGUCCUCCUCUUGGACUAAUGGUUGUGGAGAUGCUACCAGUACAUCAUCUUCACCUCAAGCAUGUCCUCCAGACAGUUUGUACACUAGAGGCAACUGUCCUCCGCAGCUUUGGUCCAGAGGGAGGACAGGUGCUGUUCACCCGAGACACAGGACAGGCUAUGCUGAGCCGCAGUGGAACAUGCAUCCUCAAAGCACUGCGACUUGAAUAUCCACUGGCUAGGAUGGUGGUGGAGUGUGUCUGGAAGCAUAGCAGUGUAACAGGGGAUGGAUCCAAGACCUUUAUCCUGCUGCUGGCAUCAUUACUGCGAAUGAUUCAUACAAAAGCUUGCAAGGAGCCUGACAUGUCUCACACUUAUAACUCUAGGGAGGCAGCAGAAGCUGCCACUGCACAGCGCUUUGCUGAUGAACUGCUCACAUUUGCUUUGGAAGAAUUGGAGGAUCUCAUCGCUUUAGGAGUGGCCCCGUAUGGAUUCUGUGUUUCGUGGGAGGAUUCCAUUGCAAAAACACAACCAGCUCCUCACUCAAACACUCACUGUGUUCAAAAGCUGCUGGCAUCAUUCUUUCACACUCGUCUCAGUCACACCCACUGUGACUUCAUAAGCAACCUCACCUGUGAAGUGCUCAGGCACUGGACAUUUAAAAAUGACCUACCUUCCUCAGCACUUCACUUUGUAAAUGACAACUUCCCUGCAUUGCAUACACCUGUAUCAGGCUUCCCUAUUAGCUGCUCACGUCUGAUUGAGGGGCAGGUCAUUCACAGGGACUUUGCUGUGCCCUGCCCUCAGACUGAAGACCAGCCAGUUAAAGCUGUAGUUUUUACUGGGUACCUACAGCCAACAAUACUCAGUGCUGGAGAAGUGCUUAAGGUGGGAUGUGGAGGCCAAGGGACUGAGGAGAAAAGUAUUGUGGAGUUUAGUGCCUGGUCAGAGAAGUCACUACAGUGUAUCAUUGCAACCCUGCAGCGUUUGGGUGUCUCUGUGCUCCUGUCUGCGGUGAAACAGUCUGCGGCUGUUCUGGCUUUGGCUGCACAGGCACAGAUGUGUGUUGUGGAGUGUAUCAGCCAAGAUGAGCUGGCCCUCUUUUCCAAACUAAGUGGAACCACACCUGUGUCAGACUGCUGGACGAUUGAACCACUGAAUGUUUCUACUCUGACCUUUUGCCGGCCAAUACUACUGGGAGUACAUAGAUAUGUUCACGUGGCUUUCCAUGAUUUACAGAAGAGGAUCACAGUCAAACCCUGUAGUCUGGUCAUAUGUGGCGCAGGGGAAGGGCAGACAGACCAGUGUGCAUGUGCAUUUCAAGAUGCCAUCCGCAUGCUACUUGUAACCUUCCAGCCCAUGGGAAGGACUUCAACUACAGCAUCAAAUAGAACAUAUCAGUUUCACAAUAGCACUUCUUCACAUACAGCUGAUCACUCUGAUAGAACCACCUACUCAUCCUCCAAUGCGUUUCUCUCUCAGCAGUGUGUGUUGGAGCCAGGCUGUGUUAUACUUGCUGGUGGGACAUUUGAGUUUCUCUUAAAUCAUGCCCUCUUACAACGAGCCCGCUGUUGCCUUGUUUCUGAUGGUACAAAGAUGAGUACCCCUGCUGUUUCCCAGCUCUUGGCAAAUGCUCUCCUGAGUGUACCACAACAGAUCUACUCCCACAAUGCGCGACAUUUCCUGCAGAUUCAAACCAGCAUCCUCAGUUUUCUUCCAAAAGAUUCCCACACGUUCAGUCUGCUAUAUAAACAAAAACCCAGCACAAGUCUCAUACAGGCUUAUUGUACCAGUGAAUUUCCUGCAGCGGAUUGUAAACUGAGCAUGCAUUGUUGUAGAAGGACUGACGUUUUAUCCAAAGCUUUUAUGUUGGACUUGGGCCUUGAAUCUGUCUCUUGCAAAUACCAGCUGCUUCUGGCUGUACUGCAGUGUGUCUCGAGUCUCCUCCGGGUGGACAUGGUGCUGCACACACACACUACCUUACACACACAGUCACGCAGACCCGCAGACAUUUCCUGGGAGGGCUCAGAGGAUGAGGCUGAAGAUUGAGAUUGUAUUGUGUCCUUUGCUGAAAACCAUAAACAUUUUUUCUUGGUACUUACUCAGCUAUCAUUCAGUUGAUUAUUAAGUUAUUAUUUGCUCUUGGCUAUUACAGCUAAUUUUGUAGUUUAUAAUGUAUUUGUAAUCAUUACAAGUUUUUUGCAUUACUAGAGAGUCAGUUAUUUAUAAUUAUGGCAGUACAGUUGUUUAGUGCAGUUCAUAGGCCACUAAAUUUGAAUUCCUGUAGACCUCUGCCUUGAAUUAAGGCCAUGUUUGGCAAUAACAGUAAAAAGAAAAUUAUGAAGUGUUAAAGUACACAACGCCCAGUUGUUAUCAAAUGCAAAAACAUUUAAGUGAAAUUGUUUUGUAAGUUGAUGUUGGCUCGUCUCUUUGUUACUUUCUAUAACGGUCUCUUUUUUUUACUCCUUAUCUCAGUUUUCCUGCCCUCUUCCGUGUGUCAGUAAACAUUCUGUUGUAUUAAAGUCACACAUGCUCAACAACAUGGACACCCCUUUUUGUAAUUAGUGUUAUCUCCAUAAUGGGGGUGGGGCAUCACACUAGGCUGUCAACAACCAAGUCAAAGCGCACUUCCUCUUAUCAAAGGAAUGCUGCUCUGACCUCUUUUUGGGGAAGUAGUGACUCAUGAAACAUUAACUAGAAUAACAGACAUCCACAAACAUGCACUUUACUGUAAUCUCUGUGUGGAACUAAUUUUGAUCACACAUUCUCCAGAAAUUGAUUACGAAAGGGUCAAGUCAAACAAAGACAGUUCUUGGCCUGUUUGAUCUUGUAUAUCAAAGAGGGGAAACCUGGAUGAGUUUUCUGAUUGUUGUUUUCCAUUGUGCUUAUGGAAAAGAACCUGAGUGUUUU